AUGGCCGGCGAGACCAAGUCACUCGAGGCCAAGUGCCUCUGCGGCUCUGUCCACUUCACGGUGGAUGUUCCCGUUGCCUCUCUUCCGCUCGGGGUCAACCUCUGCCAUUGCAGCGUCUGCCGCUACACCUCAGGAGCGCCGUGCAUGUUCCGCACGCAAGACCAAGGACUCAAACCAAAGUUCAUUGCGCCCUCGAGCGAGAAGAACCUGACGAGCUACGCCAUCGGAGGAGCUGACUGCACGUACGACUUCUGCUCGACCUGCGGGUGUCACAUUGCCGGUGUCUCGCUUGACAGAGAGGGCUGGACGCUCUCGACGUCGGUGUUCCAAGACCACGGGCCAGACAAAUUCAGGAUCAAGACGCACGUCUUCAGCGACUCGGCCAAGGACAAGGGCCUUGCGCAGGCACUGACACACUAUGACGGCGUCGAGCUGCCCGACUGGAAUCCUCCAAAGGACGAUCCUCGAGCCAAGGUCGUCGGAGCAGAGCCGGAAGUCGGCGAAGACGGACAAGACCGGCUGCGAGCUCAGUGUCACUGCGGCGGCGUGUCCUUCACAAUCAGGCGCCCGACGCAGGAGAUCUAUGACCACGAGCUCCUCCGCAACGCCGUCUCUCCCGUCGACCCCAGCAAGUGGAAGGCCUCGUGGGACCUGUGCGACGACUGCCGCCUCUGCAACGGCACGCACCUCGUCGGCUGGGCGUUUCUGCCUCUGUCGUACUGCGAGCCGGAGAUCAAGAGCGACCUCAAGAUCGGGACCCUCAAGGUUCACGCUUCGUCGCCGGGCGUCCAGCGCGGCUUCUGCGGCACCUGCGGCGCAACGGUGUUGUUCGCCUGCGACGCGCGCAAGCUGCCGGGCCCGGGCAACUGGCAGGUCGUGGACAUUGCGACGGGGAUCCUGCGAGCGCCCGAAGGGUCCAUGGCGGACAACUGGCUAACCUGGAGGUCGCGCUUGGCUUGGGCAGACAGCGGCAGGCGGUAUGAUGGGCUGUUUUUCGAGGGGUUGGAGCAGGGGAUGAAGAAGUUGGUUGUUGCAAAGGUUGGGAGAGAGCUGGACAUGGAUAUCAGCUUUGGUGAGGAUUGA